AAUCUUCCUUCCAAGAUUGCAGAGCUGCUGCCAGAGGGACACGGAGGAGCCUCCAAAGAACUUCCUGGUGGCUGCCUGAGCAAAGGGGGAGGAGUUGUGUCUAAAAAAACAAACCCAACCUGUCGUUCUCAGCUCUGCCAACCUGUCAGUCCAGCCAUGCAAGAAGAGAGGGAGAGAGACAGAGCAAAAGAAAAGAGGGAGUGAAGCAGAGAUUCUUUCAAACCUCAGCAGGACAUUAAGAUUUCCAAUGAACAAAGAAAACAACCCCUGGCACCUUCUGUAAGCUGAGGCAGAGAUGAGGAAGAUGAAUGACCAAAGUGGCUGCUACAGGCCGGUGAAUAUCCAGGGAAACAAGGUCAGUUACCGCGGCGCCUGUCGGGAAAGCCCGGAAAAGGAGGUGAAAAGGCUGCAGAAGAGGUUUCUCCACAAGGAUGGCAGCUGCAACGUCUACUUCAAGCACAUCUUUGGGGAGUGGGAGAGCUACGUGGUGGACAUCUUCACCACGCUGGUGGACAUCAAGUGGCGCCACAUGUUUGUGAUUUUCUCGCUGUCCUACGUGCUCUCGUGGCUGUUCUUCGGCCUGGUGUUCUGGCUGAUUGCCGUCCAGCACGGGGACCUGUUCAGCGACGAGGAGGUCACGCCCUGCGUGGCAAACGUGCACAGCUUCACGGGAGCCUUCCUGUUCUCCCUGGAAACGCAGACCACCAUCGGCUACGGCUACCGCUGCGUGACCGAGGAGUGCUCGCUCGCCAUCCUCAUGGUGAUCCUGCAGUCGGUGCUGAGCUGCAUCAUCGACACCUUCAUCAUCGGGGCCGCCUUGGCCAAGAUGGCCACGGCCCGCAAGAGGGCCCAGACCAUCCGUUUCAGCUACUACGCCGUGGUUGGGCUGAGGGAUGGCAAGUUCUGCCUGAUGUGGCGCAUCGGGGACUUCCGGCCCAACCACAUGGUGGAGGGCUCGGUGCGCGCGCAGCUGCUGCGCUACCGGGAGGACAAGGAGGGGAGGAUGACCAUGGAGUACCGGGACCUGAAGCUGCUCAAUGACCAGAUCAUACUGGUCACACCGGUCACCGUUGUCCACGAGAUCGACAGCGACAGCCCCUUGUACGGCCUGGACCGCAAAGCCCUGGCCAAGGACAACUUUGAGAUCUUGGUGACCUUCGUCUACACGGGUGACUCCACGGGGACUUCCCACCAGUCGCGGAGCUCCUACGUGCCCAGAGAGAUCCUGUGGGGCCACAGGUUCAACGAUGUCCUGCACGUCAAGAAGAAGUACUACAAGGUGGACUGCCUGCAGUUCGAGGAGACCACGGAGGUGUACGCCCCUCACUGCAGCGCCAUGCAGCUGGAGUGCAAGGAGCAGGAGUGGAACCGCGCCGAGAAGACGCGGGAGAAGCAAGCGGAGAAGCCAGCCCUGGAAAUCAAGUCCAACCAAAAGUCCUUCAGCGCUGUUGCCCUCGUCACCAGCUGUGAGGAUCCUGAAGAGCCGGUGACAGCUUCCAGCCAGCCUCCUGGAGAGGUUUCCUACAGGAAAGCUGCUGUGACCUUGAGCAGGCUCUCCAUAGAGUCCCAAAUCUGACUUUUCCUGCCGUUAAAACCCCUCCCAACAAAUCCUCCCCUCGUGGCUCCUGGAACACAGACAGCGGGCUCGUGUGCAGCAGUAUUUAUGUCCCAGACCUCGUGGCCACGCUGUCACACACUGUCACACCCUGCUGGGCUGUGGGGACAGCUCUGCACUGCUGGAACAAGGGAGCAGCUUCCACUUGGGAUGUGCAGAGAGCCCCUGCACUGGAGCAAACCCUGGUGAAGUUCCUUCCCCUGCAGGGACCAGGGCUGGCCGUGCCCAGAGACACAGAACGACCUCGGCAGGGCACACAAACCAUGCCCUGUGCCCUCUGGGGAGGCGUUUCCAAGCUGCCUCGUUGGUUUGGAAAGCCCAUUCCAGCCCCUCCAGGAGGCUCUGGAGCUCCAUUAUCCCAACAGAGGAUUCCUCAGAUCCAGCCUCAUCCCAGAGCUCCUCUGGGGAAUCCGUGGGGCUGUUCUUUGUAAGACAAAGGAAUGACUGACCCCAGUGCUGCAGGGUGGCUUUGGACACCGGCUCACAUCCUGCCUGGUCCUGUGGGACCCACAGUGGGAUCCUGGAGAGCUUUCAUUCCCUAGUCUUGAACCAUUCCCUGAGGUGCUGCUCCUUCAGCAGCUGGAGGGAUGCAGGAGGUCAAAAAAUAAAAAAAAUCAAAACAAGACCUCUGGUUUUAAAUCAGCAGAACCGGAUUGAGCCUUGAGGAGGAGAUCAUGUCUGGAGUGAGCUGUGCAGUAUUUGAUAUCAAAUCCUCUUUCAUUUCAUCUCACUUUUCAGCGUGUUGCACUUCCUUGCAAAGACAAAGAUCAAUCUGGAGAGCAAACAGGGUGAUUUUGUCAGAAUGAAAAGUGCUUGUCUCAGAUGGCUGUGCUAAAAUGAUCCUUCACGGAGAAAUCCAACAACUCCGACUCAAACUGGGGGGAAAAAAAAAGGAAAACAUUGAUGCUCUGAAGGUGCCUGUGACGUGGAAGUACCGUGCUCUGCACGUCUCUGUAAUUAUCCAGUGAGCAAUGCCUCAUCAUGCUCUUGCCCCUGAUGAUUGCAGUUCAUUUGCGUUGUGUUUAAUUACCCUGCAAACGUAAAAUAAUCAUAUCGGAGUUGCUGGGGUUGAGCUCACCUGACCUUAGCAGCAAAGAAAUUCAGUGUUUGCCUGCUCUCUGUGGUUCCUGGAACUCUUCAGUCUCCACAGGAGAGCUCACUCCACCUUCCUCUGGUUUUUCGGGAUGAGUUUAUCCUGGAAAUGUUCAUCCCUCUCCAUUUAUUGCUGACGGAGAUGAAACGACUGCUGUGGAAAUGCUGGCUAACUUUAGGCUGCUAAAAUUAGGUCUGACGAGUCAUUCACAUCAUUCUGACUAAUUAAUUGGGCUUUUAUGAGCUCAUCACGUUUAAUGAAGAAAAAAAUAGCCUGCUAAGUGCCUUUUUUUUUCUUUUUUUUUUCCCCCCCCUGCAAUUUACUCCAUGUAGUAGUAGGAUUGCUGGAUUAUUUUAAUGUAUUUCUCUUUUGCUAGCACUUGUCUCUGGAUAAACAUGAUCCCUUUAGGUAAAACUGAAGCCUGGGGGGUGUUAGUUAUUCCAAAACUCAUUAAUUAGCCAAUUUUAUAUGCUGAUUCAUCAGCAGCAACCACUUAUAAGUGCAGUAAAAACCAUCUUCUUGUAUCCUGGAUUUAAACACUGGCAGACAUGGGGGAAAUAGUCUAGAAAAAAAUGGAAAGGAAUGUAGGAAAAUGUGGAAGAGUCUCAGCACUUCUGUGGUGUUGGAAAAAACACCAUUGGGAUUGAAUAAAAUAGAAUAUCACCUUCCAGACAUGGGAAUUAACCCUUCCACUCCCCUCAGAUCCUGGCUGGGAUGCUGUUAUUUAAUGCUGGGCAGACCUUUUUGGGAAAGAUGUGGAGAAAUUGGAAGGGAAUGGGGAGAUGUGGAAAAGCUGUCGGUGAGGAAGGAGGGAAAUGGCCUAAAAAGGGUCCUAAAAAGGGUUGGGAGGCAAAGAGCUCUCAAACACAGAAAUUGCAUUGGGAGAGAGGGAAAUCUGGGGCUGGGAGAGGAUGGGACAGGAAAAAAUGGGGGAAAAAUAAUUAGGAAAUGCAUAAGGAGGGUGAGGGUGACAGAGAUGAGGGUUAACCUCUGUGGUGGCUCUGGGGAGCCUGGUGGAGGAGGAAACAGAGUCAGCAGUGAAAGAAAGGCCACCCUGGAGCUCUCCAAGCCUUCUGCUCUGGGAUCCCAUGGUUUCCACACAUGGAAUGUCCCACAUGGACACAGCUGCUGCUCUCUGAGCUCUCACCCACCAUGCUCACCUCAUCCCAGAGUGACGGCACACCGAGGUGAGAUAUCGCUGAGAUAAGUGACCAAAACCCCCACAUUCCUUCCCCAGGUGCCAGUUCCAGGUGCUGGCUGCCAAAGCAGCUCCCCUGAGGAGCUGGGGAGCUCUGCUGCCUUCCCUUCCCCAGGCUCUCCUCCCUGGGAGCCUCCAGACAGAAAUUCUUCCUUUGGAAAGGCUUUGCUGGAAGUGAAAGCACCGGGAGUCUGAUUUGGGGAUUUGUCCUGUGGCUUUUGGCACAGAGAGAUGCAAAUAAUAAAUGCAAAUACGUGAGUAUGGCUGAAAAGGUGUGCCUGGCUCAGCUGAGGAGGGCCAGGAGGAAACUUCUCUCCUGGGCAUGUUAAUUCAUAAAAAGCUGCUUUAUAUUUUCUUCUACUUUUAUCUCCAACCUCUGAUCCCAGCCCGUGCUGGAGAACCACUGCUCUCAACCAGCCUGGCUUUUUUCUCUUUGCUGCUUUAAUUUCAUUUAUCCCAGUACAAACACGAUGUUUAAUAAUGAUGAAUAGCAAAGCAUGCAGUUAUUUUUAUUUUUAUUUUUUAAAUGAAUAAAAACAUCAAAAUAAAGAACAUUUCUCUGCCACACAUCUUGUGAGAGCACAUUGGGCUUUUCUUCUCUUCAGCUACAGGUUUAAACUUCAAUAUCCAGUUUCUCUGGGCAACCUGUGCCAGGAUCUCACCGCCUUCACAGGGAAUUUUUUGCUAAUUUCUCAUCUGUCCCUGUCCUCUGGCACUGGGAGCCAUUCCCUGUGUCCUGUCCCUCCAUCCCUUGUCCCCAGUCCCUCUCCAGCUCUCCCUGGAAUCUUCUCCUCUCCGGGUUUAUAUUUAGGCAGGCCUAAAGUGGCUAGAGCCAGUUCUUAAUCCUUCCUCCCUAGGAAAGGACCUAGGAAAGGCUCCUGCAGGACACUGGACAAUGGAAAAAUAGGAUAAAUAGGAUAAAUAGGAUAAAUAGGAUAAAUAGGAUAAAUAGGAUAAAUGAGAGGGAGACUCUUCCUGCCCCAUCUGCUCUUUCUCAGUGAGAACUUCCCAGGGAUUUUUUUUCCAUUGCCAUUGUAGGCCUGAGCGAUAAAAAAUCAACCAAGACUCCCAUGAAGUGACAACACGUGCAUCCCCCAGCAGGAACACCGACCUGAGCUUCCAGUCAUUCCCAAUUCACUGGAGCAAAAUUCCCAGCAGCCCAAAGGGAAGGACCUGGAGAUAUUUUGGGCAGUUCCGUGGUGACACAACAGGGCCUCCCUGCUCUUCCAGAGCCUUGCACAUCUCCUUGGGGCUUCCCAAAGCCAAUUCCUGGAGCUGAGGAGCAGCAGCUCCUUCCCAGCCACUGCUGAGAGGCAGGAAUUGCAAUUUCUGUGUCAAAGUUGCUCACCCUGUCCCCGACCUUUCCACAAAAUUUACCAGCUGAAGCAAAAUUCUAAACAACAAAGAGCAAACACAAACCACCCUGCCCUGGCCUCCUGACUCAUGGUGAAAAUUUCACCCUGGUUAUUUUCCCUUGGAAAGCAGCACCGUUGUUCCAGGUCAAGAUUAAUUUAUGUCAAAGGGGAUAUAAUAAGAGAUUAUUAUAUCAUUUAUUUUUCCAGCUUUGCUCACCACCAUUCAUUAGGGCAGCUGGCAUGUCCUUCCCCGUUAUCAUGUGUCAUUUAGUGCAUACUUUUUGUGAAGUUGGGUUUCAGAUGUGGGACAGGAUUUUAUCCCCUUGUUUAUCCCUUGUUUCUCACGCGCCGUGCAGGAGGUCUUCAGGAAACAGCAGGUACCUUUCAGGGCAUCAGAAAUGUUGUGUAGGUGAAAAAAAAAAAUAAUAAAAAUGCUUCUAAGCUUUUUUUGUCUCUUAAAUCUUCGGUGGUUGGAGCUGGGAACCUGCAAACAGGAGGAGUUGGUGUCUGUGGUGGGCAGGAGAGGCCCGAAGCAGGGAAAAGGAAGAAGCAUCCGACAACAGAGUCACUUCCAGGCAAACAGGGGAGGUGUGUGACAUGAGCAGGCUGAAACAAGAAGCUGAAAGUUUUCGUCUGGGCUGAAAAUUGUGGGUUGGUGUUUUCAUGGAUGGGGCUUAAAAAUCACAGGGCAGGAGCUGCCUCCAGGGUUCAGAGGAUUUUGUGAGGUCUGGUGGCUGAGGAGCUGCUGGGGAUGGACACAAAGGCAGCGUGAGGAUGGGCAGUUCUGGCUGGGGCUCCCUGGGAAGCCAGGAGGGUUUGGAGCCCUGAUAUCGACACCUCUCAAUGUUUUCUUCAGGACAGGCAACACAAAGUUACCUUGGACUGUCAAAAAUGCACAGGAAUUUCCCACCCAGGUGUGUCCUGGGCCCGUGGAAUGGUUUGGGAUGGAAGGGAGCUCAAAGCUCAUCCAGAGGCACCCCUGCCAUGGCAGGGACACCUCACACAGAGCAGGCUGCUCCAGCCUGGCCUCGGACACUGCCAAGGAUCCAGGGACAGCCGCAGCUCAUGGGGGAGUUUCUCCCAAGCACCUCAUCCAAAUCUCCCCUCUUCCUGUUUCAAACCACUGCCCCUUUUCCUAGCGCUGUCUCCCCACCUAACAAACCACUCUCCCCAUUGAUGGCCAUCCCCCUUUAGAGUCUGGACCAAUCCCAAUCCCUAUCCUGAUCCUGAUCCCAAUCCUGAUCCUGAUCCCAGUCCUGAUUCCUAUCAAUCUGAUCCCAAUCCCCAUCCAUGUCCUGAUCCUGAUCUUGAUCCCCAUCUCAAUCCUGAUCCCAAUCCUGAUCCCGAUCCCCAUCCUGAUCCUGAUCUCGGUCCUGAUCCUGAUCCCUAUCAAUCCUAUCCCCAUCCCAAUCCCCAUCCCAAUCCCCUUCC